AUGCCUUCAAUACCUCCCUCUAUUUCACCAUCCGCGCCUUCGAUUCCCUACUCUAGUCCACCAAUGAUGCCUCAAGCUCCGACACCUAUUCCACUAUCCAUCCCUCCAGUCCCUGCCUCGGUACCAUAUCCUGAUACGCCUGUUCCUGCACCCGGACCUACGCCUGCCCCUUCUGGCAUCAAAGGUGCAUACUGGCCUUCAUGGCUAGCCAAAAAAGUUCCUUCAUCAAGCAUCCCUACUGCAUAUUUCACCCACAUUUUCUACGCAUUUGCUGUGCCUGAUAACACAUCAUUCCAGUUGCUCGUAAGCCAAGCUGACGAGCAAUCUAUGAUUAACUUCACAUCCACCAUCCAUUCCCAUAACCCUACAACGAAAUCCAUGCUAUCGAUAGGAGGAGAUACAGGUUCUCCAAUACUCCCUAGUAUGACAAGUAGCCAUGAUAAUCGCGCUGCAUUCAUCAAAUCGACGAUCGAUGUAGCCAGAAUUUGCGGCUUUGAUGGCCUUGAUCUUGAUUGGGAAUUCCCUAUCGAAUCAGAAAACAUGCACAAUCUAGCAUUGCUCUUCAAAGAAUGGCGCCUCGCCAUCAGCCUAGAGCCACUAACUUCCUCCAAACCUCCACUUAUCCUCUCUGCUGCUGUUUACUUCUCUCCAAACGUGCUCUUAUCGGGUACAUUUUAUCCCGGAGAUGUUUUAAGCAGCUAUCUUGAUUUCUUGAGCCCUAUGUGCUAUAAUUACAAGGGCUCUUGGGACACUUCAGCGACUGGUGCUCCAGCAUUGUUAUACGAUAAGUCUAGCAAUAUUAGCACGAGCUACGGAAUUUCAGCCUGGAAACAAAAUGGGGUUCCUUCAAAACAGCUAGUUUUUGGUAUGCCCUUUUAUGGAAAUACAUGGGAAUUGAAGGAUCCAAAUUAUCACAGGAUCAGUGCUCCUGCAGUAGGAGUUGGCCCUGGAACUCAAGGAGAAAUGUCAUAUGAUGAUAUAGUAAUGUUCAAUUCAGAAAAUAAUGCUACUAUAGUAUACAAUAAUGAAACAGUUUCAACAUAUUCAUAUGCUGGAACAAAUUGGAUUGGAUAUGAUGAUACUAAUUCCAUUACAGCAAAGAUUAAGUAUGCUAAGGCUCAGGAUCUUGGUGGUUACUUUUUCUGGGCACUUGGCUUUGAUAGCAAUUGGACUCUUUCUAGAACAGCUUCUAUGGCAUGGGAUGAUGAAAUCUGAGGUGCAGCCAAGCGCAUCUUAUCGAUCACUGGAUCGUUUGAUUGAGUUUAUUUAAUAUAUCCUUUAUUUCUUUUUAC